UUUUUUUCGCCUCUUUAACCCCGUCGCGGCGUCGCCACGGGCUUGCUAUUGCGUCCGAUUUGCGAUAAGAGGACGCACAAACAAGAAGGGAAAUGAGAGGGGGGCUGCUCCCUUCUUCGAGGAGAAGGCAAAGAUUUCCCCGAUUCGCUUCCAAGGGGCUUCUCCGCCUUCUCCUCCUCCUCGCCUUCCUCGCUGUCAUCCCUCCAAUCUUCUUCCACUUCCGCCUCCCCCGAUUCAACCAGAUACGAUCGCGGAAAUGCGGCUGGUUGAAGGAUCCUCCUCUCGUCUGCGCCCACGGCGGUGAUUCGAGCAAAGCUGCUCCCAAUACCAUGGAAGCCUAUCGGAUUGCUCUUGAUUCUCGUGUAGAUUGUGUGGAGAUCGAUGUCUCUCGUUCUUCGGAUGGAGUGUUGUUUGCGCUCCAUGAUAGGGAUUUGCAGAGGAUGUCUGGUAAUAGUAGUGCAAAAGUUGGCUACUUGAGUAAAAAUGAGAUAAAGGAACUGGAUGCAGGUUUCCAGUUAUCUCAAAAAUUUCAGAAACAAGAAGUUCCGACAGUUGAGGAUGCCUUGGUGUUGAUAUCGAACUCAGUCAGGCAGGUGAUUCUAGAUGCCAAAGUUGGGCCUCCAUCAUAUGAGAAAGGCUUAGCAAAGGAUAUACUGUCUGUUGUCAAGAAAACUCGCUGCAAAAAUUGUCUCAUCUGGGCAAAAAGUGACAUUGUUGGAAGGGAUGUAAUCAAAUUAUCAAAAGAUGUCACGGUUGGCUACACUGUUAUGAAGGAUCCUUCAACUGGUGCCAGAAGUGACUUAUUGAGGAUGAAAGGUGCUGCAGUUGCCGGCGUCUACCAUUCUUUGAUUGACUGGGAACUUAUGAGGAUCUUGCAUGGGAGGGGCAAGAAAGUUUAUGCCUGGACGGUUGAUGAUGCUGAAUCUAUGAAAAGAAUGCUUCUCGAGCGUGUGGAUGCCAUCGUCACAGGCAACCCUUCCCUUCUUCAGGGCCUUAUGCAGGGCAUGAAAACAGAAUGCCUUGAGGAAGGUUCCGCUUUACCUUGACAACAUGCGUGCGCGCGCGCACACACCCCAAACACAUUACAGAGAAACAUUUGGUUCAGAUGAAUCGACUUUCGGUUCAUAAAGAAUAGAUUCUCAUUCAUAAAGCUCUUUCGGUUUUUGGAUGAUAAUCCACUCUAUUGUUUCAACCCAUGGUAGCAAUGUAAAUGAACCUUACAUACAAAUUGCAAAAAGGAUUAUUUGGAUGAGA